UCGCUGACAAAAGCACGAAGCGCCAGGGCGCUCUCGCUUCCGGCACGGCCGCGACCCCAUGGCGAACUACAAGGUACGGCGGCGUGGGUGGCCGGGUGGCCCUCCUAGCGCGUGCUCGCUCGCUCCUCUCUCUCUCCCUUCUCCGCAGGCCGCCGACUCCAAGCGGGAGCAGUUCCGCCGCUACCUGGAGAAGUCCGGCGUGAUGGACACCCUUACCAAAGUCUUGGUAGCCUUGUACGAGGAGCCGGAGAAGCCCAGCUGCGCCCUGGACUUUCUGAAACAUCAUUUGGGAGCUAGUGCACCAGAAAAUCCAGAAGUUGAGGCCCUGCGUUUGGAAGUGGCAGAGAUGAAAGAGAAGUUUGAAGCUGUGCUGGAAGAAAACAAAAAGUUAAAAGCCAAGCUUGCUCAGUAUGAGCCACCUCAGGAAGAGAAGAGGGGAGAAUAAGGUUCUUUUCAUAUUAUUGGAAUAAAAAAAAACCUAGAAGCA